AUGGGACCUGUACAAUGCUGUGUCGGUAUGUUGUUAGUAGUCGGUAUAUGCCAGGGGAGGUAUUUGUCCGGAUAUGACGACGGUGAUGUAGAUUCGACAGACAUAAAUCAACCAGAAUUAGUGUUACCAAAUUUAUUCUACCCAGAAUAUUAUGUGCCGUCCUCCAAUAGUCUUUACAAGAAAAGAAACAGUAAUUCAAAUUUAGGUAAUUCUAAAAGAGGAACAUUUCACGAUUUGAUUGAAAGAUUAUUGGCGUUACGAGGUGAUAUGAGAUCGUCUGCAAGAAAAUCACAAAUGAGAUUUGGUGGCGGCAGACGAUAA